UGCCUGCACAUAUCAAAACAUUGUAGGAGUGGAGUCCUACAGGCUGCAGUGCAGUUAGACCCCAUUUAAACACAUUCCUGUGACCUGCCUUAGAUGCACACUCCAGUUCAGUGUCAACACAAGUCCCAGACCAUGUUGUACAGUCUACUGAUAUCAUAGAUUUGAGGGGCAGAGUAGCCAUUACUACUAAACAACCAUAGCAGGCAGAUAUCCGGAGUUAGUCAAAUUAAUAUUUGUUUUAGGAGAGGUGAACUCUCUGCACUUUCACUGGUGUGUGCGUUUCUUUCUGCUUGAAUCCCUCGGCUAAACCAUAAUCCUAACUGUUUGUUCUGAAAUUGCAUUAUUUUUUGCUUGUCCUCAACAUUACAUUGUCCCUCCUGUUUGUCCUACACCGCGAUGACCGUGGUGUCGCCUCUGGCCGGCAGGGAGCGCUGCUUCGCUGACACAACCUGGCCCCAGUAUAAAAAAAAAAGAAAGUUUGUUCUGCGUUGUUUUUACGCAGGCGCAAAGCAUGCUGUUUGUCCAGUUUCUCUGGUUAAUUUACCUGUGAGGUGGAGCAGUUUCGGUUCUUCGUGAGAGGAUUAAAUAAUACCGGCCACGGGUUUAGGUAAGCGCGUCCCGGGAGAUUGUAACCUCAUUCCUCGGUAUGUGAGACUAUAGGGACGCCCGCUUGGAGCUGCUCGAGAUUUCUCCAGGAUUUCAGAAUCUGUGCAACAGCAGGUGCGCGAGCGGGGACAAACGGUGAGAGGAGACGAAGAGGGGGGUGUGUGCUUCCGUGAGUGAGUUCACUAUUGAAACAGAAUAAAUUAUUUGGAAAUGCAACUGGUUGCUUUUUUUUAAUGCCGAAUUGUCGAGUCCUGCUCAAUUAUGCUGCUGGAGAUCCCCACGGCUGCCGAAUUUCAGGGUUCAGCGGCAGCUUGAAGCCUCCGUGCCUGCGGUGAGGGACUCUUCGCCCCGGGGUGGUGGCAGUGGGACAAACGCCACACACAUUGUUUCCGUGUAGUAAGCCUCCCCGUGGACACCGAACACGGUGCUCGCGCUGUGAGUAGAAUUAACAAUUGGAAAGAUGAUGGGCUUCCUACGCCGGACGUUUAGCCAUCGCUCGCGCAGACGGUUUCAGACAGCGGACGAACGGGACGGGAAAGGAAGAGGAGGAACCGCGAACCCCGCGCUCCUCGCGCACCAACAGCAGGUCGUCCACGCGCCCGCCGUGGUGACAGGGGGAGCAGCCGUGCACAUCCCGGCGGCUGGGACCGACAAGGAUGCAAUGACCUGCCGCGUGCUGCUGCUGGAUGGGUCGGACGUUAACGUUGAUAUACCAAAAAGGUCAAAGGGCCAGGAGCUGUUUGACCAGAUCAGGUAUCAUCUGGACCUGGUGGAGGCUGACUACUUUGGACUGCAGUUCAUGGACCCAGAACAAGUCUCACACUGGCUGGAUGUGUCCAAGCCCAUAAAGAAACAGAUCAGAGAUGGUCCUCCAUACAGACUGUUUUUCAGGGUGAAGUUCUACUCCUCAGAGCCCAAUAACCUACAUGAGGAGUUCACCAGGUACCUGUUUGUGCUGCAGCUUCGACAAGACAUUCUGUCCGGCAAGUUGAAGUGUCCAUAUGAUGUCUCAGUAGACCUGGGGGCCUACUGCUUACAGAGUGAACUGGGGGACUGUGACCCUCUAGAGCAUUCUCCUGAGCUGGUGUCAGAGUUUCGCUUCACACCCAAACAGAGUGAGACCAUGGAGGCAGACAUCUUUAACAAGUGGGUGGACCUAAGGGGUAAGGAUCCAUCCCAGGCAGAGACCAGCUUCCUCAACAAGUGUAAAUGGCUGGAGCUGUACGGAGUGGACAUGCACUUUGUCAAGGGAAGGGACGGAGCAGAGUACGCUCUGGGUCUGACUCCCACUGGCAUCCUGGUGUUUGAGGGCUCCACCAAGAUAGGCCUCUUCUUCUGGCCCAAGAUCACCCGCCUGGAUUUCAAAAAGAGUCGACUCACCCUAGUGGUGACGGAGGACGACGAUCAGGGGCGGGAGCAGGAGCACACCUUUGUGUUCCAGUUGGACAGUUCGAAGACGUGUAAACACUUGUGGAAAUGUGCUGUGGAGAGUCACGCCUUCUUCCGGCUGCGCCAGCCCACAGCUGGGAAGGCCUCCAGCAGUGACUUCACACGCCUUGGAUCACGUUUCAGGUUCAGUGGAAAGACUGAGUACCAGGCGACCCACGGAGGGAGGCUGAGGAGGGCCAGUACGUUUGAGAGGCGACCCAGCAAGAGAUACCCCUCCCGCACUCACUCACUGGGUGGCAAGGUCCUCUCUCCAGCCAAACCAGCACAUAUCAGCUCCCACACCAGCCCUGAACCUAGUCUACACCCAUACCAGCGUAACAUCCCUAUAGCCCACGAGCCUUGGCACCCAGCCCUCACACCCCCCAUCUACCUACAACACUCAGGACACACAUCCCCGCACAGAGCGCCUGCUGCAGUAGCAGUGAGUCAAGAGCCCAGUCAUCGGUCAGUACCAGAGAGGUCCAGCGGGUCUUUCCCAGGAUCCAUCAGUGUGGUGUACAGAGACAAGGUCAUGACUGCACUCUGACCCCUCCACCCUAACCUCUACAGCCCUGUCCCAAACCCACAUCUAAAUCUAAACUCUAACACAUACACACAUGCAUACGAGACAACUGGCAUACAGAAGCUGGAGAGAGACAGAGAAACACUCUGGUUGUGGACUCAUGGACCAAAAUACAUCCUCCUCCUCAUCACCAUCAUUACACACCAGCCUUGUCUACCAUGUGUCUUCUCCAUCAGAUCACCACCAUGCUGUGGAGACAGAAAGAGACUCCUAACAGAAAGAGAGAGACUUUAAACACAGAGAUCUCUCUCUGAGUGGGUUGGACCAUGAUGUUUGAUGUUCAGUACCUUGUUAGUUCAUGUAAUUGUUGUUGAUACUUUAGUGGCUGAAUGCUGCAACGUCCUCAAAUGUAACUGGGUAAGAUUGAAAUUCCGUUCAUGCUUUACAAAACAAUCAUACUGCAACAUUAAUUUUCUGCCCAGUUAGCAGGUAGAUUUGCUUUUAGCCAAAUCCUUUUAGAGCAAGCCAAAUAAUUUGUUUUCAAAAGUUAUCCUAGCUCACGAUUCACUGUUUGAAUGUAAGAUGCCAAUCAUUUGAGUGUGUGUGAAGUAGUCUGUGUCAUCAUUAACUGCUUUAACUAGGGAUCACAUGGUUCUACAUUACAUCUGUAGGGGAAUAUAGCUACUUUGGAAAUCUCAGCUAAACGAUGAAGGAAAAUGUUCUCGUUAAAUCCGUAUCAGCAAUAUAUACAUUACAAUAUAUACAUUACAAUGUCAUGUUAUGGAAGUCUUGCAUCUAUCGCUGCAUAUCUGCCUUUAUUCUUCAGAGGCAUGAAUGUUGUGUGUGAGGGGUUCUGACUCAGCUGAAUCAACCCCCAUAGAUACAUAGAAUGGCUCUGAUGGCCUUGUUUACCUGUGUUAAUGCUGAUUGUGUUUACAUCCUCUCCAUGCUCAACAUUACUUCCUGUUGCCUUAAAAUUGUUACUCUUAUCACAACCAGCCUUAGAUUGGUUGCUACAGCCUUGUUGAAUAAACGCACUGCUUAAACUCCUUCA